AUGCAUGACCAAAACGUCCAGGCUUCGGUAUACGAGACGACAUAUGUCUCCAAUACCCCAAACAACGGCCAGGCGCCAGAUCCGGAGAAACAGCCAGGACAAUCACUCAUUCUGCCCCGUGGACCCUUGAGGCUCAAAGGGUAUAGGUACAUCUUCACCCCGUUUACCAAUGCAAAGGCGGGAUUUCCAAACUUCUACCGUAAGCCAGGUCUCGGAUACCAAAAACUUGGUCAUUACAGGCAUCGAGAUUGUUUGGAUCGAGAAUGGGAAGGCGACUAUGAUGAUCGCUACAUUUCCGCUUGGGACGGCAAAAUUUCGAAGCUAGUUGUGCAAGCAGUUGACGACAUUUACGAAAACAAUACUGGGUCUACUUACAGGCGUACAUUCAUCCGCAAUGUUGCGCCCAUGUACAUGCGCUUGGCCAACUGGCCAUUUGACCACAUCGAUUAUGCGGCGAACAAUGGCCAGGUCUCAAAUAGCGAUCUCAUGAUGCUUGGCUUCAAGUGGUUUGCCGCGGCGUGCUUCAUCACUGUUUGCAUCUCUAGUCCCAGUCCCGCUGAGAUUGCCGAUCGCAAUGGAGGCAACUACGACACUGUUCCUUACAAGUACUUUGGCUAUCCCAAGGUCGCAAAGAACAUGCUUGAGACGACCAACCCCAAUGGCAUCGUUCCGAGCCAGGCAAAUCCCGUUGCUGAACGCAUACUACAACCACGGUAUCUUUGCUUCUUGCGUGAUGGGAAGCCUGCAAAGAUCACCAAGGUAGAUGAAUGGAUUGCGGAGCAAGGUGGAGCUCACAACCUUUCCUAUGUAUUUAUUGCAUACACGGCAGAGCAAUUCAACACACCCGAAGACUUCAGAGUUUUACACGAAAUGGCCGAUGCAGCUGCGCGUAGAGCCGGAGUGAUUGCAUACUGGGUUGGCUGCUCCUGCAUGCCUGACAACCAGUUACAAGAAGAUGUCUACCGUAUUUGCGAUGUAAUCAGAGGAGCCCGAUCCCUCGCCAUUGCUGUUGGCCCUCCUUCAAACAACGCAUACGAGAUCAACACACCAGAACUCAUGCUUCAGCAAUGGGGCCGUAGAGUCUGGACUUUCCCAGAAGUCCUGCUAGCGCCUGCAGGAAGAGACAUCAGCGUCUUUGUGCGUGGCAGCAAUCUCGACCACCCCAUCAUGGUGCCCAAGAACCAGUUCGCGGUUCAAGUAUGGCUGGAUGAUGCCCAUGUCGCUCGACAGCUCAUCGAUCAUUACGAGGGCAACCUUAUUCUGAGCCAACUAGAGCUCGUCACCCUUGCUCUCGAGUGCCUGCACAACAGAGACACGACACAAUACCUCCCCGGAGACCACAGCUACGCACUAAUGGGUCUUCUCCGCGUGCGCCCUCAAAUCGACCCUACAGACUCUGCAUUCCAAGCUUUUGCUCGUCUCUCCCUCGCAAACGGAAGCGAACAACUCCUAGAACGCCUCAUUUGCGUCUUGCCAAAAACCCCAAACCAACCCUGGCACUCAAUGGACGAUGCCUAUAAUGCCAAACUCUGGGAUAUCCUUCCCCAAGAUGUAGGUAUUGCCGGCGUAGGCGAAGACGACAGCAUCAUCCUCGAUGGAUGCCGCGCCGCCAACAUCCGCUGGAAGUCCUUCACACCCGUCGCAUACGUCCGGCGCGAAGCGUGGAAGCGGUGGCUCGCAAAGAAAGCCCUGCGUCUCGGCGGCGUAGUCUUCCUCAUUGCCAUUGCGCUCACUGCCGUGCCGUCCGUCCGCACAGCAGGUAUCGUUCUCAUCAUCUACUCGCUCGUCCUCAUGGGCCUCUCACCCUGGCUACUCCGCCUCCUUUAUCUCGGCAAAUUCUGGGACCAGCAGUGCUGGUUCUUUGGGUUCGAGGGGUAUAUGGAUCUCGAGACGAUUGAGCGCCAGAUUUUUGGCGGCAGGCUGGGGCGCCUCAAGUGGAGUGCAGCAGCAAGCCCCCUCUCCCGCCACUACCGCAACUCCAAAAACGAAUGCACCCCCAUCGACCCAACCUCUGACCCCGAAGUCGCCGCUCUAGUCCAAAAAGCCAAAUCAGCAGGUCCAGGCGACCAACGCGUCUUCACCCUCGUAGACACCGGUAACAUGACAGUAACCCUCUUUACCGCCGAACGGCCCCCUGUCUGCUUCCUCAUGGCCGGCUCCGAAGGCGGCAUGAAACGCAUCAUCGGCUGCUCGUACGACUGGACAACGGAAACCAUGUACCGCGAGACUGUGCUUCGUAUCGGCACGGAAUUCGAAGAUAAAAUGUCGAGGGUGGGCAGAGUCAAGAUUGGGUUUAAGAGGAAGCAGCAGCCGUUUGGGACGUUAGCGGAGGUCGGGGAGCCCGUGGGGAAGGAGGUUAAGUGA